UAAGAGUUGGACUCAGAGAAGGUUGCUCGAGGGUCUUGUUUCUUUCUGGAGAUAACACUGUUUCUGUUAUGGCAUUGGGGGGUCGAUUUUACACAUCGUUGACACUAAAUUCCUUUCAGUUGACAACCGACAGACACUUCCUAAGGCCUGCCCUCGCCCUUCAUAAAUUAAAUUCGAAACGUUACUCUCGUGGAAAUGUCCAGGACGUCAAUAUCCACCAUUCGAGACUCUCGCCUAUGGAAGUCACGUCUGUCCUCAGGGCGAAUGAAUUCUCCCAUGAGUUUUCAUCGGGCCCAGUCAAAUCUUAUGACUCAAACCAGCUCGCUUCAAACAAUCCUAUGGAAGACAUGAGGGCAGAAGCCAAAAUUAUGCUCAUAGAUGGAUUGCUCAUGGGAGUGUUUGAUGGCCACGCUGGAGCUGCGUGUGCCCAAGUCCUUGCCAAAAGGCUACUUAAGUAUGUCGCUGUUGCCCUUCUACCUCAGAAUGAGUUGAAAGAAUAUGCGAAAGCUCUUGAAGAAAAUAGGAAAGUUCAUAUUUUAGAGACUUAUAACGAUAGGCAUGAAUUUAUUAAUGAGCUUAAAGAAAUUUAUACCCAGAGUUUUAAAAAGUAUGUACUUGAUAUGGCAAAUCAAGAAAGGGUAAAAGAAUACGGAACGAAAGAAGCUUUGGAAUCUUCGUUUCUUCGCCUUGAUGACGAUAUAUCUAGGGAAGCUUUGGACAAUUCCAAUACUAAGCUUUUGGGUGUCUGCAUGUCCGGAGCAGUGGCUUGCCUUUCUCAUAUUUCCAAAUCACAUCUGCACGUAGCAAAUGUCGGAGAUUGCCAGGCUGUCUUAGGAGUUUUGAACGAUGGUAAAGUCUGGAGUGCAAAAAAGAUGAGUAUAGAGCACAAUAGUGAAAAUCCAAAUGAACUAGAUCGACUGUUUAAAGAUCACCCAGACGAAGAAAGUUAUACACUCCUUGAAAAAGAAAGACUGUUCGGACAGCUUAUUCCUCUCAGAGCAUUUGGAGAUUUCAGGUAUAAAUGGAGUAAAGAUAUACUAGAAAAAAAAAUUGUCCCACUUUAUGGUCCUGCUGUGAUACCACCUCGUUAUAAUACUCCCCCGUACUUGACAGCAAAACCAGAAAUCAUGUAUCAUAGAUUAACCCCUAAAGAUAAAUUUUUAGUUAUUGCUUCUGAUGGCCUCUGGGAUCUUUUGUCUCCAUUGCAAGUCGUGAGAUUGGUUGGGGAACAUAUGAGCGGCAAAGCUGCACUCACUCCUUUAAGGUUACCGAACAACACAAAACUUAAAGACAUACAUAAAAUAUUAGUACAAAGGAGGGAAGGUCUUAACAAGGUUCCCAUUGACAAGAAUGCCGCCACGCACUUAUUCCGCAAUGCAUUAGGAGGGACUGAUUAUGGCAUAGAACAUUCCCGUAUCUCUCAGCUGCUCUCCUUGUCUCAAGACAUCGUAAGGCUUUUCAGGGAUGACAUUACUGUUACUGUAAUAUACUUUGAUUCAGAUUUCAUUUCUCAUUGCCCUAUGUAACGUAAAUAUGAUAUUAUAUAAAUCUUGUAUAUGAUUUAUUCUAGUCACUAUAAGUUUUUUUUUCUUUUUUUUAAAUGAGUAUAUUAGUUUAUUUUUUUACAAGCCAGUAUUUAAAAAAGUGAACAUAUGUACACAUGUAUUAGAAGUUAAUUGUUAUUUAUUAGUGUUUACUGUAUUUUAUUGUUACUAUUAAUUUUGCAACUGCGUAAAUUUUUGUAAUAAUAAAUAAUACACAUGAAAAGCAAAAGUGGUUUGUUAAAUGUGAAUUUUACCCCAUCCAAGCAUUCAUAUAAACUCGUAGUUAAAAUACCCUUGUUAAAAAAAAGGGGGCUCAUGCCUACUUGGUCCCUGUAAGAGCACUCUUCGGUCGGAUGUGACACACUGAGCUACAUUUCUCUACAACGGGACCUGCGUGGGGUUUUGACAGAAAAGCAGGUGUAUAUGUGGCCAACGGGAUGAUCCUUUCCUUUCAUUUCAAAUUCGAAGGGCCAUCGAUAAGUUGUCAGGAGCUAACCGGACGACCUAACCCACUGACGCUGCCAUUUAUUAUUAUUAUUA